UCCUGCUGGAACCCCUCUGACCGCCCGACUGCCCCAGCUUACCUGCAGGGCACAGGGGCGGCCACCCUGACGGACAGCCCCUGGUUGCUGUCCUGUGAGCCACAGCAGCAGCUCAGUCCAGCCAGCAAGAGGCAGGAGGGGGCUUUGUGGGCACCAAGGCGCUUCAUCAUGACACUGGUAACUCAACAGCCUUUUCUUUGCCUGCAAUUUCCUUAACUGAACUCUGACCUUUUCAGCUCCACUCCCCAGCGAGUUAAGGACCCUCAUCCAGGAGGCAAAGGAAAUGAAGUGGCCCUUCGUGCCUGAGAAGUGGCAAUACAAACAAGCUGUGGGCCCCGAGGACAAAACCAACCUGCAGGACGUGAUUGGUGCCGCUCUGCAGCAGCUACUGGUGUCCCUGAAGGCCUCCAUCCUCACCCGCGACAGUGCCACCGCAGCUGCCAUCCUGUUCCUCAGUGACCGGCUCCUGUACGGGCUCGACCUGUCCAGCCAGUUGCUGCAGAUCGCCAAGGGGCUGCACAGGCUGUGGCCAGCCACGCCGAUGGCCCCGCAGCUGCUAAUUCGCCAGGCCCGGGUAUCGGUCAACUCAGGGAGACUCCUGAAAGCCGAGUACAUCCUGAGUAGUCUGGUCAGCAGGCGCAGGGCAGCAGGUACCUGGCUGUACAGAAACGAGAGUGACAAGCUCCUGGUGCAGGCGGUCUGCAUACAGAUCAGAGGGCAAAUUCUGCAAAAGCUAGGGAUGUGGUACGAAGCAGCAGAGCUAACGUGGGCCUCAGUUGUAGGAUAUCUAAGCCUCCCCCAGCCAGACAAAAAGGGCAUCUCUACGUCACUAGGGAUCCUGGCAGACAUCUUUGUUUCCAUGAGUGAGAAGGAUUACGAAAAGUUUAAAAGCAACCCACAGGUGAACUUGGGACUGCUGAGUGAGUCUGAGCACCGUUUACUGUCGGCCGCGGAGGCCUGCAAGCUGGCAGCUGCCUGCAGCCCCUACACGCCCCUCUUCGUGCUCACAGCCAUGAAUAUCCGUGGCACGUGCCUGCUGUCGUAUGGAAGUUCUAAUGACUGUCCUCCAGGAAGGAAAAGUGUGUAUGUGUGUGAGGCCAAAGAGGCCUUUGAAAUUGGCCUCCUCACCAAGAGACACGACGAGCCAGUUACUGGAAAACAGGAGCUCCACAGUUUUCUCAAAGCUGCGUUCGGUCUCACUAUAGCGCACGGAAGGCUCCAUGGGGAUAUGGAGGCAGUCCGCACGGCCAGACAGCUGUGCAGGGAGGCCGUAGGGAAGCUGUACGCGGUCAGAAUUCUGGCAGGACGGCAGAAUAGAGACACCCUCUCUCGGGAGAUCAUGUCUCUGGUCGCCCAGGUGAAGGGUCAUUUGCAGGUUCGAAGCUUUUCCAAUUUCGAUGACAGGUCCUAUGUUCCAGCGAGCUUCAGGUGUGGGCUGGAAAAACCCAUCUUGCAUGAGCCAGUGGACUUCCAAAAAGUCCUUGAAACCUAUUCACAGCACCAUACUUCAGUGUGUGAAGUAUUUGAAAGCACGUGUGAAAACAACACGAGUAAACAGAAAGCUGCAAGCACAGGGGUGUGUAUCACUGCACUAAGAACAGAAACAAAAAGCAUAGAUACUGUGGGAACCCAAGACAACGCAUGUUUCCAGAGAGGCCCGAGAACAGCCGAGAACGGGCAGGACACACUGAAGGGGGCCGGAAGGGGAACUGGCACCCCCCCUGACACUUUCGGGGUAUCCUUGGAUAGCGGGGUGGAGACGGAGACCGCCGAGUCGCCAGCCCACAGCAGUGUGACCCGGGCUGCUCUGGACACGUGCCCAACUGACAGCCAGACCUGCAGUUCUCGGAGCAGGUUCUCAGCGCUCCGCUCUCCCGUGAGCUGGGAGGAAGGGCGUGAUCACGCCGCUGACAGGCCCCCGGGAAACGAGCCUGGGGAGGAACGGCCUGUGGCCCCUAGGUGCCCUGCUGCCCUGUCUGAAGAGUCAGAGACCCACGGGCACAGCAGAGUGGCAGGCGUACUGUCUUCUGAGCGCCAGGGUCUCUCUUUGCAGGUGUCCGCCGAGGGCAGUUUAGAGUCUCCUGAGAGUCACCGCCACAAGCCCCUGCCCCCAACCGUCCCUGCUGAAAGAGGGCUGGAGGACACGCCCCAACUCACAAGUGUGGGACCCACAAAUUCUUCCGCUUGCUCCAGAGCCUCACUGAGUCCUGCUUCCCAGCCCUCUUCUGCUUCUGGUCAGCCCAAGAACAUGUCCACAUGUGCUUUGAUCCAAGAAGAGGAAACCUCUGAAACAACCGAUGAGUUUCCAGAAAUCAGCUGUGACGCCAAGGACAGGCGCGGGGAGAAGGGAACAGAGCUGAAAAGGGCCACCGGGCCCCCAUCUGAGGACAGCGCCUCCUGGGUUGACCCAGAAGGAGACACAGUGGACCCUCCUAGGACUAUGGACGGUUCUCUGGGCGAAAGUCUCAUGAUGGCUUGUGGCUCUUUCACUCCUCCUCGUCCUGUUCAAAUUCCUGAUCCAGGACAGAGUGGAGGCUCCGACCGGGAGCAGGACCCUGAACCGGACGCCCCCACGGGAGACAGGGACGGCCAGCUGCCCCAGGGCAUGGCUGCUCAGCACCCCGGGCUGCGUGGCUCCCACAGGCGUGGCCAGGACGCUGAGACCCGCCGCUGCUCUGGAAGCGGUGCCUGUCCCUGCCCUGCCCUGGACGAGGACUGCACUACCACCGAGGCAGGGAGCUGGCCGGGAAACGCGCUGGGCGGCUGCGGGGACGCCAGCUCGCCCUUGCCCUCGGAGCGCUGCUGGAAAUCUCCUGCAGUUCCCAGCGGCUCUGAGGGGGGCGGCCCACGGUCGGGUGUGGACCCCAGGGGGAGCUCUUCUGGCGCAUUGUCAGGGCCGACAAGGCAGGAUGGCCUCGAGCCGCGCACCCUGCAGCCUGAUGACCUGGAGAAACUGCUGGCAGGGGUGAGUCACGGCUGGCUGCUCCGGAGACUGGAGAACACGGGCGUUUUUAAGUCCAGCCGACUCCACCGGGCCUACGAUGCUCUUUUGUUGAAAUAUUCUAAGAAAUCCGAACUGUGGACAGCCCAGGAAACUGCUGUAUAUUUGGGGGGCUACCUGAACGUGAAGAAGAAAGGCAGACAAAGAAAUGCGAUUUGGGUUCAUUAUCUUCAUCAAGAAGAGACUCUGGGCAGGUAUGUUGGGAAAGAGUACAAGGAACCAAAGGGGCUCUGGUGCCACUUUGCCGACGUGCAACGGCAGGUGACUGCGCAGCACUACGUCACAGAAUUCAACAAGAGGCUGUACGAGCAGCAGAUCCCAACACAGAUAUUCUACAUCCCCUCUGUGGUACUGCUGAUUUUAGAGGGCAAAACAAUAAAGGGAUGCAUCAGUGUGGAGCCUUACAUACUGGGAGAAUUUGUUAAACUAUCAAAUAACACGAAAGUGGUGAAAACAGAAUACAAAGCCACAGAAUACGGCUUGGCCUACGGCCAUUUUUCUUACGAGUUCUCCGGUCACAGAGAUGUCGUGGUCGACUUACAAGGUUGGGUGACCGGUAAUGGAAAAGGGCUCAUCUACCUCACAGAUCCCCAGAUUCACUCUGUCGAUCAGAAAGAUGUCACCUCCAAUUUUGGAAAAAGGGGGAUUUUCUACUUCUUCAAUAACCAGCACGUGGAAUGUAAUGAAAUAUGCCGUCGUCUUUCUCUGACAAGACCUUCGAUUGAGAAACUAAAUAACCCAUAAACUGUACUGUGGCUGCGACAGCAGUGCGGGGUCUGUGACAGUAGUGGGAGGCUGCUACUGUCUGAGUUUUGAGUGUCUCUAAGCCAAUGCAGUGAGGGGUCUGUAACACUGUAAUGGGGGGCUGUGACAGUAAUGGGGGGCAGUGACAGCGUAGUGGGAGGAUGUAGUGUAAGGGGGGCUGUAGUGUAGGGGGCUGGUGACAGCCUAGUGCUGCUCUCCAGUGUUACAUUGUCCUUCCAGGUACAUGCACGACACAGCCUGGUCCCUGUGGGCUUAGGUGGCGUGUGGCUGGUUCUGGCCAGUGAUUUCUGAGAGUGCUGACCAGCAUCACUUCCAGGCCCAUGUUCAAAUGCCGGGGCAAGACCCCCGCAUCUCUGUCCCUUUGCCACAAUUACUGAGAGCACCAGUGCUGCCGCGAGGACGACUGGGGAAGAACCCCUGACCUGUGAUGGGCGAAAGGUGACAAACUUCCGUGGCUCAAGUCACCGAGAUUUGGGGGCUUUUGUCUCCAUCUAUCAAGACUGACACUAUUGGUGUUUCGCUUACUGAUUUAGAAGUUCUUUGUAUAUAUUUAAGAAUUUGGGAUUUGUGAUACGAGUUCCAGUUUUUUCUGUUUGUCUUUUCACACCUGACUUUGUGUGAAAUGUUCUUCCAUACAGAUUUGUUUUGCAUAGUUGAAUUCAUCAGUUUUUAUUUUAUGGCUUCUAGGUUCGUGUCUUCUGUGCAUGUCCCCUGCUCUGGGCUUCUGGGUUGUGAACUCUUCCCACCAUACACACACACACACACACACUCCCAGUGCACUCACAUCUGGGAGAGUGCGGGGACACGUUUCAGUGGCCACCAUAGUCCACACCUGACCACAGAGAUCUGCUCCUUCACGCAGGUUUGGGGGCUGCUCCUCUGUGAUGUAACGUACUAGCAACCCAAGGGGGGCCAUGGGAACCCUGAUUUAUAGCCUUUCAGACAGAAGUACAGGUGUCAAGCUGGGACGUAGGGGCUGUGUUGUGGGCCUGUGGCCUCUGAUGCUGACCCCAGGUAGAGGGGUCAGCCCUGAGGUGAGUUGUGGGACUUCCCGCUGGUGUCAGCUGUGCUGAGGGCAGUAGAGGUAUCUGUGAGCACAGAAGGGACGACAGAAUUAGCAGCCACCACACUGCACGCACCCUUCAGUGAAAUAAUGGACCUGGGCAAAAAUUGCCCAUAGCUGCUCAGCGGGGAGGACAGCAGUGGGCGGGGCCCUUUCCAACGGUUGGGGCCUGUCGGGGGUGCUGCUUGUACCUUAACAGCCCUGAGAGUGGGGCAGUGAGCCAGUGACAAAACCACAUUUGGGGGAUGAUUAGGGAUUUUUAGUGUGAACUGGCUAUUAGAUAAAAUUAGUGAAGUGCUAUCUUACUCUUUUCUAAUUUCCUCCCCCUUCUUUAAUGUUUAUUUCUCACAGUAAAAUGGAUACUGGGAAAUUUUCAAGUAAUUUUUAGUAAAACUCCGUUAUCAUUUUUAUACAUUGAACUAAGUAAUUGAUCUUAAUUUUAAUUUUUUGCAUGUAGCGUUGUAAAAUGACAAUAUUUAAAAAGCUGAUGUUGGGAGUCGAGUCCAGUUUAAGCAGACAAUUCUUGGACCUUCCGACAUCGGAAACGCCGAGCUUCUGUUACUGUCUCUCGGCAACGCUGUUGCUGUGAAGACGGUACGUGCCCUCCACGGUUUGGAGGCACACGUCCUCGGCCUAAACAGCUCCGUACAAACUAGGUGUAAAGUGUAAGGAGCAAGAGGGAGUGGGAGAAACAAACAGAUCUCUCUGUUAUGGGGCCCAGUUCUCCAGUGAGGGAGCUCUGCAGCUGCACGACGAGAAAAAUGCUUCCGGAGCGCUAAUGCCAGUGCGAAUAAUCCUUUCUUGGACGCCCAGCUUUGUCAGGUGAACCCCGGCCGGGCCCUCAGACUUGCCGUCCCCACUGCACACUCUGUCUGUCCCCUCAGGGCACGCAGCAUCUUGACUGUUGAAAGAGAACAAGCAAUCCAUCAUUGAACCAGGGAGUCCCUCUCUAUAGAAAACUGAAAUCAGCUGUGACACUGCUCAGCCCUCCUGUUUUGCAGAUUAAAAUGAUACAUGGCAGCUCACGUGUCACGAGGAAGAUUAACUCGGUCAUCUUGUUCUGCAGCCCAGACAAAAGAACUCCCCUCAAGCAGUAAAGUGGGAGCUCUACAGAAGCCGGAAAAGUUGGACUCAACUGUCCAGUGUAAAACAGAGAGUUUAACAAGAAAACAGAAAAAGACUGUUACUCUCCAUUGUCGCUGCCUCAGAGCUGGGAUGCAGAGAGCCGCCCUGAAGUCUGUACAAGGCGCUGCUGCUGGAGGUGCCAUUUCGUCACCAGAGAUGGGCACGCAGCUAUUGUGACCGCCUUCGCGACUGAUUUGAACGUGGCACAGUCACCAGGCAGCCGCACCCCAGGGGCUCGCAAUGGGACGGUGGCCGUGCAUCCUGCAGUCCCAGCACGGUUGUUCCAUUGUGAGGCCUGCAUAGCAGUUAUGAGCCCUAAAUGAGUCUCUCGUACAGAAAGGAACUCACAACGGCAGGCCUGUGAGGCCCCAAGCCGAGGCAAAUCGUCAGAUGACAAACUCGUCCUUUGUGAAUAAAUGAAUCUGUGACUGUGCUAUAUUUGUUUUUGAAAGUGAUUUUCAAAAGGAAGAAGAAAAAUGAGUAUCAGUGUUUGAUUUUAUAUAAAAUAAGUGCAUUCAUUAAAAUUAAUGUAAGAAAAAUCUUUCUAAUUAAAUAAUUUUUAAAAUUUACAAUAACUGUAAAGUUUCCUUUGCGUUCUGCAGUUUAGACCUUAUACUGGAAGUGACACAGGCCAGAAAGAGAAUUCUGUGAUUCUCUCGGCUUCUCAGGAGCUCUCGGCAGCACCGUUACUGGAAGUGCCUCUGCUGUGUACACUGUGUGCGUCCUUCAUCACACCAAAUCCUUUCUAGAAGAACAGACCAUUACUCCAGUCUAAGACAAAUGUUUCUACUCCGUUCCUUCUCAGUAAAGUUUUGGUUGUUGCUUAUCAAUAGCUGGCUAUCUGCUGUGCAAGAAUGGAUGAGGGCUCUGGAGCCUGUUUUCUCUGCCAAGGCCUGAUACCAGCUUUCACCUUCUUUUCCUACACAAAUCACUGAAAAGGAGAGGGGCUAUUUCAAUACGUUUGUCACCCAUUUGCCAUGGUCUCUUCCCAAUGACAGGACCCAUGGCGACGGGCUCUCCAGGCCACGUGCCCGGCAUGUUUUCAAUGGGGGCAUUCUGUCUGAACUGGG